AUGUCCAGCUCUGACGCUUCUCCUCUUCCAGAUUUGCGCCGUGUGGUGACAGGCCACAAUGAUGCUGGCAUCGCGAUCGUUCGCUCUGACGGCACUGUACCUCGCAAAGAAUCUGGCUUCGCUGGGGUCAGCGGCAACCCGCUCUGGAUUACGGAUAAGGUGCCCACGGACGACAACACCGGCGAUGUGGACGGGACAACAAGGACCGCCGACGGAGACCUUGGGUUAUUCAUGCACAACGGAACAGCGCUGCGGUACACCGAUCUCGCUCCGGGUACGAGAGUGCCGAUGCAUAGGACAACGUCUCUUGACUACAAUGUCCUUAUCAAGGGGAAGAUCAUCCUGGAAAUGGAGGAUGGCAGCGAGACGCUCUUCGAGACUCCGGGCGACGUUGUGAUCCAGCGUGGUACCAUCCACGCAUGGAGGAACCCGGGACCGGGGUGGACGCGAUGGGUGACUGUGUUGGUCGAUGCAAAGCCCGCUGUGGUUGGUGACAAGGUACUCGGUACAGAAAUCAGGGCGUGA